AUGAGUAAGAAGUUAGCUGAAGAGUUUUCUAUGGAUAUUCCCCAUGUGACAGCGAUUGAAUUACCUUUAAUAGUAAAUGAUGUUGGAAAAGCGGUCAAUAUGUUGGGUGGCCAAGAAAAAUUGAAGAAAGCAGCAGGCCCUACUUCCUUUGUUGAAAAUAAGAAACCUCAGCUUGAAUUGAGAUUAAGAAAUGACAGGUUCCAUCAUCCUAUUCAAUCUAUAAGCAAUGAAAGAGAGAAGUUACUCAUCAAAGUUACUGUUCCCAAGAAGAAUUUGCCACCCAACUACAAAUCCUUGAGUUUGAGAGAGAUCAUCGAGAUCAAUGAAAAUAACAACGGAAGUACAAACAUUCAACCUAUAAGUAUUAUAAACAAAACAUUUUCUUUCAAAUCAAUUAAUGAUUUCCAAAUCAAUACCAAAAACAAUCAAAUGGUCAAUGAAAUCAAUGAUAAGUUAAUAAAUAAUUAUAGUUUUAAGACAUUCAAAGAAUUGUUUGGUGAAGAUAAGUUUUUGAAUAACCAAGAUUACAAGAAUCCUGAAAACUAUUUCAAUGGCGAUCAUCAAUUACCACCACCUGCCGUGUUUACAAGUAUAAAACAAGUUCAGGAUUAUCAAUAUGCAAAGAAUCAAUCCACUGAAACCAUCAAGACAGAGACUGGUGAAUUGAAAGUUAUUUCCAAAAAGGCAUUACCUAAAUUGUAUAGUAAAGUUUUAGAUGUCAACAAUUCUGCCACACCCAUGGAGCCACACCCUGAACUUGUCAAGUCAUUCAAUGAGUUGAUGAAUUCGCAAUUGGUUCCAAAUUCGUUCAACUAUGAUUUAUUAGGUUGUAUUAAAUGGUUAAAGGAGAUUUUCGAAAUUAAACCUAUUUGGUUGAGGAAGCAUUUAGAAGACAUUGUUUCCAAUGAACACAAAAGAGUUUUGAAACAGGCAUUACCUUACGUGACUUAUAUCUACAAAAACGGGCCAUGGAGAUUUUGUAAUAUUAAAUUAGGAGUUGAUCCCAAGACUUCACAACAGUAUUGGAUUUUCCAAAGUGAAUAUUUUAGAGUUUCCUCAUAUAAUUUCCGUCACAAAUCAUCAGAUCUGUCGGAAAGGGUGUUGCCACAAUCGGUCAAAUCUUUCAAUGAAUUUUCUAAACUAUCCAAUGCAUCGAUCAAUAAGGUUAAAAUUGAUGGUAGAUUGAUCUUUAAAGGUGAUGUUUUACCAUCGACAAUCACGUAUCAGAUUGGUGAUGUUAUAGAUGAAGAUGUUGAAUCAAUCAUCGAAACAUCUAGGAAAAAAGGUGAGUUUUUCCGAGAUUUGGACUUGAAAAAUGAUGGAUGGAUUAAUAGACAGACUAUUGAAACGAUAAGAAGAGUUAUUAAGUACAAAUUACAACAACUAAUCAAAGAAGAGCCAGUUGAUAGAACGAAAAUAACGAAACUCAUAAAUACUAAUUAUAAGGAUGUAGAAGAUGAACUUGAUGAAGAAGACGAUAAUGAAGAUAAUGAACAAGAUCCUGAAGUUGACAUUGAAGUUGACGAAGAAAUUGAUGAAGAAUCAUCAGAAACCGAAUCACCUAUACCUGAAAGUGCUGAUGAAAUCAUCCUGAAAAUCAAACGUAUGGAUUCGUCUAUGGGGGAUAGACUAUCUAAAUUAACAGAAUUUAUCAAACAAGAACUGAUUAUGUAA